CUUAUUAUAUCUAAUUGGAAUCUUAGCAUCCACGCCCGACCCAUACUUCUUUAUUUACGCGAUACUCUUAACAGCAUUUUCCCUCGCCUUCCCAUAUUUGGAUAUCGAGCUUUUUAUUAGUUCCUUUUGAUUUCAGAACGUGACGCUUAUUCAAGACACAAUUCAGGUACUGCAAUUUGAGGCUCCUCUUUAGCCUUUCGGAUAGUCGGAUAUAUUUAAGCGCGGUUUAGUCGAUUUGGCAACAGCCGCAAUCCUUGAAGGGAACACCUUAUACCGCACCUGGACCAACCGAUUCCACUGUCUCUUCCAGUCGGACCUCAACAUCUCCCUUUUUCCAUUCCAUCCCACCCAGGACAACUCAGAUCCGCCACUAUGUCACCACCCAUCCAAACCUCCUUCAAACUACCCAUCCCUUACCGGCUCUUCUUCCUCAUAAUCGAGCCCAUCUCCGCCCUAGUCGGCGCCUACUUCGCCCACUUCAAACAAACAGACUACCUAACCUUAACCCACGCCCCCACGGCCGCUGACCUCCUCUCCCAAGGGCAAACUAGUCCCAUCCCCACGGGCGUCUCCAUCAUCAUGUCGCAGCUCGCCAACCUGUACCUCCUAUUCGCGCUCAACGAGGCGCUGGUGCUGAGGUCGACGGGCGACCAGCGUGUCUGGAAGACGGUGCUGUUUGUGUUGCUGCUUGCGGAUUUUGGGCACUUGUAUUCGGUUAGCGGGUUGGGGUGGAGGGUGUAUUGGGAUGUGAGAGAGUGGAACGCGAUUGAUUGGGGCAAUGUGCCGUUUGUAUAUUUUGGGGCUUCUAUGAGGAUUGCAUUUUUGGCAGGUGUUGGGUUGGGAGGGGAGCAGGGUGGUAAGGGGGUGAAGGCGGCUUGA